UCUCUCUUCAUGGAAUCCAAACUUGAAACUAUUCUUGAUUCAUAUCCCGUUCUUAAACCCUAACCCCAAAAUCCCCAAAUUAAAAAGUUUCCCGCUAAUUUCCACCUAAUUCUGUCACUCAUUCUCGCUUCCGGAUUUUUAAUCUAUCUGAUUCUUAGGGCUAGGGCAGUGUGUUAUUCUCGUCGUCGACAAAGAUGAUGCCCGCCGGCGAUCCAUCGCAGCACCACCACCAUCACCAACAGCAACAACAGCAGCAGCAGCAGCAACACCACUACCACCAACAGCAGCAGCACCACCCGCCGCCGCCGCCUAAUCACCAACACCAACACCAGCAGCCAUAUCCGUUCGGAGACUUCCCAAGGGGUCCACAACCUCCGCCCGGUCCGCCUCAAAUGAUGCGUCAGCCCUCGGCUUCCUCAACUACUCUCAACGCAAAUGCUCCUCCCCCGCCUGAGUAUCACCACCCCUCCAUGCCCCCUGGACCUCCUCCUCCUCAUCACGCUUACGAUGGUGCAGCUCAUGCUGACAGUUAUGCUGCAAAGAGAAUAAGGAAAAUGGGACAAAGAAGAGCUGUUGACUAUACUAGUACAGUUGUACGAUAUAUGCAGAUUCGCAUGUGGCAACGGGAUUCAAGGGACAGAACUGUAUUGCAACCUACCCCAGCAGCUGCAGUUGACAUGCUACCAACAGUUGCCUAUGUAGAUAACCCAUCCACCAGUUUUGCUGCAAAGUUUGUUCAUACAUCCCUCAACAAAAAUCGUUGUUCAAUUAAUCGUGUUGUGUGGACACCUACUGGGAGGCGUCUUAUUACUGGAUCUCAAAGUGGUGAAUUUACUCUCUGGAAUGGACAGUCUUUUAACUUUGAAAUGAUACUUCAGGCUCAUGAUCAGGCGGUCAGGUCAAUGAUAUGGAGCUACAAUGACAAUUGGAUGGUCACUGGUGAUGAUGGGGGUGCUAUAAAGUAUUGGCAGACAAACAUGAAUAAUGUAAAAGCUAAUAAAACUGCACAUAAAGAAUCAGUACGUGACUUAAGCUUCUGCCGGACAGAUUUGAAAUUCUGUUCUUGUUCUGAUGAUACUACUGUUAAGGUUUGGGACUUCGCACGGUGCCAAGAAGAGCGCUCAUUAUCCGGCCAUGGUUGGGAUGUGAAGAGUGUUGAUUGGCAUCCUACAAAGUCUUUACUGGUUUCAGGUGGAAAAGACAAUCUUGUUAAGCUUUGGGAUGCCAAGUCAGGGAGAGAGCUGUGUUCAUUUCAUGGCCACAAGAAUACUGUUCUUUGUGUCAAGUGGAAUCAAAAUGGUAACUGGGUCCUUACUGCUUCUAAGGAUCAAAUUAUAAAGCUUUAUGAUAUUAGGGCCAUGAAGGAGCUUGAGUCAUUCCGUGGGCAUCGAAAAGAUGUCACAGCUUUGGCUUGGCAUCCAUUUCAUGAAGAGUAUUUUGUUAGUGGGAGUUAUGACGGUUCAAUAUUUCAUUGGCUUGUGGGGCAUGAAACUCCUCAGGUUGAAAUUACAAAUGCACAUGAUAGUGGUGUUUGUGAUCUUGCAUGGCACCCAAUAGGGUAUAUUCUUUGCAGUGGCAGCAAUGAUCAUGCAACAAAGUUCUGGUGCAGAAAUAGGCCUGGGGAUUUAGCUCGUGAUAAAUUUAGCUUGAAUCAGCAAGGUACCAAUGAUCAAAACCCUGCUCUAGGUUACAGGCCAGGUAAUGUUGGAGGACCCGAUGCUCCAACAACACCUGGAGCGUUUGGUUCUGGUUUGAUACGAAAUGAGGGCACAAUUCCUGGCGUUGGAGCUGCAAUGCCACUCCUUGAUUCAUCCUCACAAGGAGAUCAAAAGAAUCCUUUAUCUCUAUCGAUGCCUAUGGGUGCCCCCCCACUUCCUCCCGGUCCCCAUCCAUCCCUUCGUGCUGCAAAUCAGCAGCAAGGUUAUCAACAAAAUAUGCAGCAAGUCCCACAGCAGCAAAUGAACUCUAUGCCGUUGCUCCCACUACAACCCCCAUCUCAUAUGCCUAUGAUGCAUAAUCCUCAUUUACCUCGCCCACCUCCCCAGUUACAGCCUAUGAAUAUGCAAGGCGUCCAAUCUUCAAUGCCUGGAUCUAUGCCCGUGCCAUCAAUGCCAAUGCCCGGUCCAAUGGGGAUGCAAGGUAAUUUGAACCAGAUGGGUCCUCCAAUGCCUCAAGGUCACUAUAUGGGUAUGAACGCACAACCCGGAGGAAUGCAGGGAAUGCAAGGCCCUCCAAACACAGGUGGAAACCAAAUGUUUCAGCCCAGUGGAGGCUUCAACAGACCGCAAGGUGGGCAGAUGCCACUCAUGCCCGGGAUGAAUCCCUUUCAGCAAUCUAUGCCGUCGAAUUUUGGAGUGCAAUCAGGCAUGCCACCGCCACUUCCCCCAGGGCCGCCGCCACAUGGCCAAGGACAAGGAGGGCAUCAAUAGACCAGUUUUCAUCAACACUAGCAGUAGCUUUAAGCUGUUUCCAUUGAGAUUUUUUGCAGUUGUAAUUUUCAUUUACACAGUAAUGAGAGCACAGCUUGCAUGCUGUUUAAUGUUUAUUGAUAUCUUCUUUAAACUCUCAAAAAUUUGUAUUGUAGCUUUAUCUCUGUAGCAACUACAUUGAGGAGCCCAACUAUCUUGUUUUCUUAUAUGUAUUAUUUUCUUGGUACGAUGAUUACAUUUGAUUAGACGAAUGAAUACAUUCAAUUACAUGCCCCA